AUGGGCAAGCAGGGUGGAAGUUCUAAAGAGACUGAUGAAGUUCCAAUACCGAAAGUCAUAAUUGAUCAGGAUUCUGAUCCUGAUGCUACUUUGGUGGAGAUCACCUUCGGGGAUCGGCUUGGGGCGCUUCUUGACACAAUGAAUGCGCUGAAAAAUCUUGGACUCAAUGUCACUAAGGCAAAUGUAUAUCUUGAUUCAUCUGGGAAACAUAAUAAGUUUUCCAUCACCAAAGCCUCUACUGGGAGAAAAGUUGAUGAUCCUGAAUUACUUGAGACGAUUCGUUUGACAAUCAUUAACAACCUGCUUCAGUAUCAUCCGGAAUCAAGCUCACAGUUAGCUAUGGGGGCAGCCUUUGGUGUCAUGCAACCAAGUCAGCAGGUUGAUGUGGACAUAGCAACACACGUUCGUGUCAAGGAUGAUGGUCCAGACCGAAGUUUACUUUUGGUGGAAACAGCAGACCGCCCUGGAUUACUUGUAGAUCUUGUGAAGAUUAUAACCGACAUAAACAUUGCAGUUGAAUCAGGAGAAUUUGAUACCGAGGGAUUGAUAGCAAAGGCAAAAUUUCAUGUUAGCUACAAGGGUCAAGCCAUCAGCAAGCCUCUUCAACUGGUUCUUGCUAAUAGCCUGCGGUAUUAUUUGCGGAGACCAUCAACUGAAGAGGCCAGUUUUUGA